CGGGAUCAGGAGGAGAGCCGCGCUCGCUCUGGGAAGGGCUGCUGAUUGUGUAUGCGGAAGGUUUCGGGUCUGCAGCUGAGCAGCGGUGCAGGCGGUGUCGUUUUGAAGUGCCUGCGCCUUUUCUGUUUGGUGAAGAACUUAACCUGUAGCCGCUCAAAGCUGCGAUGCUCUUAACAUUUUAUUGCACUGUAAUUCCCCUCGAGGUGGGGAAAAUUUGCUGGAGGUGCUAAAAGCCCUCAGAGGCGAUAGGAAAACACUACAGAUACUCAGUGUCGGGUUUCUACCAAUCACUUCAUUUUUUCCUCCAAUUCCUUUUUUAUACGUGUUUGUUGACUGUAUGGAUUCCAGCCAUCCUGAAACGGCCUCGAUGUGAAAUUCCGCGGGAGAAAGAAAUUGGUCUUCAAGACUUUUAUUAGGUUGGCCCGAGGUUACAACCUGGGGCAACGUUCCUGGAUUUUGGAGAGAAAAUUAUAGAUGGUCUGUCAUUCUCUGUGGUUGGCCUCGGCUUGAUCUUACUUACCGUUUUAUUACUGCAUCCUUUUUGCUGCUAAUUUUUUUUUUUUUUUUUUGGUGGCUUUCAAAUUAUAUGCUCGUGUAACGUCAGAGUCCUUGCAAAUACCUGUCGGGAACUGAUCUCUUAGAAGGCUUCUGCGUUCAUUCUCGUGAAGAAUUUGGUGGCUGAGGCGAAAGACGGGGGGGAAAGCCAGGCUGUGUUCACCUAGCGCUGAAGUUUUCCGCUAAAAUAAAUCUGACGCUGGUUCUGGUCCCUUUAGGAUCUCCCUGCUCGACUCCUCGGCGGUAGGAAUCGGCUCAGCCCCCGUGCCCCGUUCCUGCCGGUUCCUCGGCUGGUAGCCAGCCGCGAGUCCUCGCCCUGUUGACUCCUAACCCCCAGCAGCAGCACGCACCGGGGAGGGUUGUGGCGCUGAAUUAAUGUUUGCAGGAGCCUUCGAUCACUCGGGUGUCAGCCCUCCAAGGGACCUUGGGCUGAGAAAGGGUGUGGGGGGGGUGGUUUGGUUUUUUUUGCUUGGUUUUUUUUUUUUUUGCAGGCACUUUUCCUGCGGCGCCGAUGCCAGGUGUCUGCCGGUUUGCAGCGCUGAGCCGCGCCACGCUCGCUUCAGCAUGUGCUGGCAGGCAGAUGUGCCGCCCGCCGAGGAGAAUAAGCUCGGUUAUUUAAUGAACAAAACUCAUUUGAGGCCGAUCGCUGAUGCAAACACCGACUGUGCUGUAGAACUGGCUCUAACCUCCGGCUGUUUAAUGUUAUCAGUGGUGCAGCCCCACUUGAAGGCCUAUCAGCGGAUAGUGCGUUACUUUGGCACCGAGAUCCUCUUGGAGAACGGCGAGAUAAAUCGCGAGGCUCUAGGAAACAUUAUCUUCUCCCACCCGGAGAAACGGCAGCUGCUGAACUCCAUCACCCACCCGGAGAUCCAGAAGGAGAUGCUGAAGCAGAUCUUGAAGUACUUUGUGCUAGGCUACCGCUACGUGAUCCUCGACAUCCCUCUGCUCUUCGAGAACAGCAGAUUGACCAAGUUUAUGAAAUACACCGUCUUGGUUUAUUGCGACCCGCCGACGCAGCUCUCUCGGCUGAUGAAGAGGAACGGGCUGUCCCAGGCGGAGGCAGAAGCUCGCAUCGCCUCCCAGCUCCCGCUGGACGAGAAGCGCAAAUUAGCGAGUCACGUCAUUGACAACUCCGGGGACCGGCAGAGCACGCGCCGGCAGGUCCUGAGGCUGCACGCCCGCCUGGAGGAUUCCCUGGAUUUCCUCUGGGCACGGCUGGUGGCGGGUACGGUUGUAGCUGGGCUUGGAGGGCUGGUGUACCUCCUCCUCCGGCAUUUCAUCUCUUAAUUCACCUUUUCUUUUUGUCAUGGAAAAGGCCCGAAUUUCCAGGUUUGAAAAGGGCAGCGAAAGGCCACUUCUUUUAAUGAGCUUUGCCAGCUGAAUGCAGACAGUGGGAUGAGGCGUCUCCUUGCAGACUUCCCAAGGUGAAUGGAGGGCUGUUUUUCCCGGCUCCGGCUCCCCUCUCCUUUCCUCCUGCUCAGGUUCUUACCCGCAGCUGUGCCUGUGGCAUGGGACCCCUCUCCUUGUGUGGCUGCGGCCCCGUGGAGGGGACGAGGCCCUCGUUGUCCCCCCGUGGGUCUGUACGGUGGGAUUUCAGUGAAUUUAGGCACUUUAACGUCUUCCAGGGCAACCUCUUCACCGGGGGAGUAGGUGGCCUCUCGGGUGCUGUUUUUGCUACCGGGUGUCCCCAGGUUGGUCCCCCUCCUAGCUCGCAGCCCCGGCUAAUCGGAAUUUGGACAUGAGAUUUCCCCUUCUUUUACGCUGAUUUAAUGGAAACGUGUUAAAUCUGCCUGGGGGGGAGGGGGGACAGGCAGCGCCUCAUUUCACGCGGGUUAGGCGCUCAGCUGGCUGCUCGCCCUCCCUCCUGCCCUCUGUUCCCAUGAUCAUCACUUGUGGGUCACCCUGGACUUUGGAUCUGAGGGUCCCAUCCCUCCCCGGAGCGGGCUGAGCCCUAGGACCCGCUUCAUUGAAACUCAUUUACUGCCGUUUGA